GCCGGAAACGUCCUGUUUUUUUUGGCUCUCGUCGUCCGUGUUUCUUCUCGCUGAGAGCCGCACGCAGCAGCAGCAGUCAUGGCCGAUGUUCUGGACUUACACGAGGCUGGGGGCGAAGACUUCGCCAUGGACGAGGAUGGCGACGAGAGCAUCCACAAGUUAAAGGAGAAGGCGAAGAAAAGGAAAGGGCGAGGAUUUGGAGCAGAGGAGGGGUCCCGGGCCCGGAUCCGAGAAGACUAUGACAGUGUGGAGCAGGAUGGGGAUGAGCCCGGUCCUCAGAGGUCGGUCGAGGGCUGGAUACUGUUUAUCACCGGAGUCCAUGAAGAAGCUACAGAGGAGGACAUCCACGAUAAAUUUGCCGAAUUUGGGGAGAUAAAGAACGUCCACCUGAAUCUGGACCGGAGAACGGGCUACUUGAAGGGUUACGCGCUGGUGGAGUACGAGACUUACAAAGAAGCCCUGGCUGCUAUGGAAGGGUUAAACGCUCAGGACAUGAUGGGGCAGCCGAUCAACGUGGACUGGUGUUUUGUCCGUGGACCACCAAAGGGAAAGAGACGAAGCGGGCGCAGGAGGAGCCGGAGCCCGGACCGGAGGAGACGUUAACCCCUCGCUCUUCACCUCUCACGUUUUCAUGGAUUUUUCGUUGCGUUUUAAUUGUUGAGGUGAUUGUGAUUUUGCGCCUCAUCCCCGGGGGUGACUUUAUCGAUGCCUCUGGUCAUCCCCAUAUAGACCAGCAGGGAUCAGUCCCCGUCCCGUCAGUAGUCUCGGCGGGGCGGGGUCUGUGCAUGGCGCUGUGCAGUCCCCUCCUGUAGCGGGAGGUUUUAUGACAUCUCACGGGCCAUAUGUUCACAAUAAAGUCUUUUUAUGUUACAUUG